AUGGCUGAAUUUGAGAAUUCUUCCCUUGGUGGGCACGGCGGUGAUCUUGAGACAAUAUCUAUCGACCUGUACGAGACAGGAGGCGAAGAAGGCAGCGGCUUUCAUGUCUUCAACACCACGCCAAAUCAUUACCAUCGAGCGGAAGUUCUUCAACGAACUGGAGCAAUCGAUGUUACCUGCAAACUUGAAAAAGUCAUUCAUGGAGCUCUCUCUCCAGAAAGCGACCGUUAUGCGAGUCUCAUCGUUAUGCAAUGGUUCAUACAACCCAAAGGCUCGCGGAGGAUCUCCGAGGCCACUAUCAAGCUCUUGUUUGAGCCCGAUUCAGCCGAUGGCGACAUUGAGGUUGAAGACAUAGCAUUUCAAGACACAUACAGCUUAAUGCCGACACAUCAAGAAGAAACGAUAACCAAAGGCAUCGAAGCCACUGUCGGCAUACAACAGUUUGCCAAUCUCGGCCUCACUACCAAGUGGGACAAGUCGACAACUUCAACAUUGUCCAACGCCAUUACUUUGAGCGGUGCAAUGCGUGUUAUUAAUAACAGACCCCCCAACCGCGUCGCAACCUGGACUCUCUCGGAGAACCCCUUGCAACCCCAGGGCAUUCCCGCCUCGCUCAAGGUCGCUGUACUUGUGUCUAGACAAGACAGGCAGAAAUUCCUGUGCAGAGUUAAUUUCGUUUGUCGCACAGAUCUCAAGACGGCUAUACAAGGAUGCUUCAACAAGAUACCAAAGGACGACCCCAUUAUCUUUCAACCCAACCCUCGUGACAAAGGUGCGGGCUCGAAUAAAAACGUCACAUACGGCCAUGAUGAGUUGAGCAACGUCAAUCUGGAUGACCUCUGCAGCGUCACAUUUAGAACGCUUAUAUAG